UAAACCAUUCUCUCUCCUCUGUCUCUGUGCGUGUAGGUCGUUCGGGUCAGGCGGUGGCUGUGCGAGCCAAGGUGUUUGGCUUCAACGUGAUCUUCUACGACCCCUACCUGCAGGACGGCUUGGAGCGUUCCCUGGGCGUCCAGCGCGUCUACACCCUACAAGACCUGCUCUACCAGUCAGACUGCGUGUCUCUGCACUGCAACCUCAACGAACACAACCACCAUCUCAUCAACGACUUCACCAUCAAACAGAUGCGUCAAGGAGCGUUCCUGGUGAAUGCAGCGCGGGGAGGGCUGGUGGAUGAGAAGGCCCUGGCUCAGGCCCUGAAGGAGGGGAGGAUACGUGGUGCUGCCCUGGACGUGCACGAGAUAGAACCCUUCAGUUUUGCUACAGGCCCUCUGAAGGAUGCUCCCAACCUGAUCUGUACACCACACACAGCCUGGUACAGUGAACAGGCUUCUCUGGAGAUGAGAGAGGCAGCUGCCACCGAGAUACGAAGAGCCAUCAGCGGCCGCAUCCCUGACAGCCUAAGAAACUGUGUGAAUAAGGAGUUCUUUGUGACCACAGGACCGUGGGCAGUAAUGGACCAGCAAGGUGUCCACCCAGAGCUCAAUGGCACCGCCUACAGGUACCCGCCGGGCAUGAUGGGCAUGGCUCCAGGGAUGAUCCCGGGUGGCUUAGAGGGGAUGGUGCCAGGGGGGGUACCAAUCGCCCAUACCCUGCCCUCUGGUACCCAUCUGUCCCAGGCCCCCUCGCCCAACCAGCCAGCCUCCAAACACUGUCACGGAGAGACCAGAGAGCACCUUACCGAGCAAUAGCAUCCUGACCGCCAGCAUAGCAGCCAGCCAACCAGCCAGCAGAGAGGACAAUAACAACAGUGCCACAGGAAGAGGAGCUGCUGCCUUGGCAGCAGAGGAAGAGCAUCAUGCACCUCCUCAAACUCAACCAGUAGAGAGGACAACAACAACAGGAAGAGCAACAUGCUCCUCAAACUCAACCAGUAGAGAGGACAACAACAACAACAACAACAGGAAGAGCAUCAUGCACCUCCUCAAACUCAACCAGUAGAGAGGACAACAACAACAACAACAGGAAGAGCAUCAUGCUCCUCAAACUCAACCAGUAGAGAGGACAACAACAACAACAACAGGAAGAGCAACAUGCUCCUCAAACUCAACCAGUAGAGAGGACAACAACAACAACAACAGGAAGAGCAACAUGCUCCUCAAACUCAACCAGUUGAGAGGACAACAACAACAACAACAGGAAGAGCAUCAUGCUCCUCAACACCUCCUCAAACUCAACCAGUAGAGAGGACAACAACAACAACAACAGGAAGAGCAUCAUGCUCCUCAACACCUCCUCAAACUCAACCAGUAGAGAGGACAACAACAACAACAACAGGAAGAGCAUCAUGCUCCUCAAACUCAACCAGUAGAGAGGACAACAACAA